AUGGCGCAUGAUAAAUGCAAGCGACCAGUCGCGCCAGUCGACACCUAUCCGCCUGCAUCUGCGUAUCUGGAGGAUGAUUAUACACGUGACAGGGAGCUUCGCGGACCUCGUAUCGUUCUAGUGUCGCCACAUUCGAAGCCACUGCCAUCGAAAGAAGAUUUCGUGGAGAAUAAGACUGAUGAAGACAUCAGACACUUGUCAGGAACUGGAAUGAAACAGGACAAUUUGAUAGCGGACAAAGGAAACACGCAGGCUCGCGCUGAAGAAGUCCAUGUUAAGGCUAAAGGUAUACCCGGCAUCCUUCGCAAACCUACCGAAAAGUUUCCUGAGGACCCCGAACCCAUCCGCGAGGGCGUUGCACCCCACAAGGACGCCUUGAAGGGAAAGGACAUUCCUGUCGGUACGCGCUGGACAAGAAUCGAUCGUCGUCUAGUUAAUCCUGCCGCUUUAGAGGAAUCUAAGGAACGUUUCGAAGAGCGCAUGGAUUGUGUAAUAGUUCUGCGUGUCUUGAGAAAAGAAGAGAUACAAAAACUCGCCAAUCGUACGAAAGAACUCCGGAUGGAACGCGAGGCCCGUGAGGCCUAUGGAACUUCAUCCAUCGCUAAAGAUGCAGAUGCCAACCAUGGAUCAGAAAAAGAUGAAAUUGAGCUGAUCCCGUCUAUUACUGUCGAAUCUCGAUCCAAGGAUUUUCACCGGCCUGACGAGGACACUCAUAGGUGGCCGGAAGUUCCUGGCGAGCUCCUGAGCAAAAGUGAUUCUGAACGAACAAAUCGCCAGUACACCAAAUCUAACGAAGAAACGGAAAGCAGCAUAUACGAGGCGAGCGUUGCAUCUGUACCAGAGCCCCAGGAAGCCAAUCUUCAGCAGUCACCAAACGGCUCUCAGACUAGUCCUACGUUUGAAGACUUGGAGCAGGCAAUGAAUCUAGUUCAUGAGGAUCAGGACUUUAUGGAGAUACAGCGUCAGCCUUUUGAUGCUCGGGACUUCUAUGAAGAAGAUACCACAGAUGAUGAGGAAAGUGACGACAAUGGCAUGCUUCCCCGCGCCAAGCAGCGACGAACUGCCUUCUACGACUAUACUGUAGAGAAGCAGAUGAGCCACGCUGAAGCCAAGCAAUUCUAUCAACGGCAUCAACUAGAGACGCAAUAUGGAAGCUCACAAGCGGGAGACGCAGACAACAAUGUCGACGAAGAACAAGGAAAUCUUGAUGGAAGGCCUGUGUCUCGGGAAAUACUAGCGGAGGUAAAAACUGCUACAGCCGUACAUGAUCCACAAACAAGGUUGCCAGAUACGGGUAUUGGACUUGAUGGAGAAGAGAAGGGAGCAGCCGAUGGAACCGUAAGAAUUGUGCACAUAGAAAUCGAACCAGUUCUGCCGGUAAAAAACCGUGGCUUCGUCGACAGCUGGUUGGAUACGACACGCACGGGUGAAAGUACUGAUAAGAGUGUUGAGUGGGACUACAAUGACAGCGCGUCCGGACCAUCUUCUUACGCAGCAUCGGUGGCCUCACUCUUUUCGGUUGCUUCUCUAGCAUCCUCGGCAUCAGAUAUAUCAAAGGGCAGUGGCUACUCUGCAGUUCAGAUUGCAACAGCUACGAAGGUACUACUCUCAAUUUUCUACGAAGACGAAGUGCUGUUGUCGUUAUAUGAGAGUGCUAUAGGAAACCCGAACAUCGGACCCGAAAGACUGGAAAGGAAUUUACGCCGACUCUUUCGAGCAUACGCCAGCCUUUUAGAAGGUGAAGCGACUGAAAGACUAGAGCAUCUAGCAUCGCGGCUUGUGCACGCAAAAUCGGCUUCCCUAGCACAAUCUGUUGUCGAGAAGUUGAAAAAUGAUCGUGCAAGCACGCAAUUACCUCCAAGCGAAUGCGACAAUGGGAGCUCUGGCGAAGAAGAUGAUGAUGGUAUUGAUUCGCGCCCAGUCAACGAAGACGCUUUCGAGGAUUUGGUGACCUUUCGGGAAUUCUUGGUCGAGAGCGAAGCGUUCGAAACUUUCCGUAACCAACUGCAUGCAUUUGUAACACCCAAUCCACUACAAACAGAUCGAACAGAGAUGGUCGCAAAAGAGGCGUUAGGUUGCGACCAAAGCAUUGCUAAGAACGAUGUCUCGAAGCCGCCUGCUCCGUCCGAGACGAUGUCGUCGUCCUGGAACGAAUGGAUCAAAGAUAUCAGCCAGGCUUUGAGUACGUCUUCCAGCGGAGCAUGUCAAUAUCUUCUUACUGCUAUCGGCCUUUACCUUACACUGGAUGAUUUGUUCCUUACCAAAGACCAUCUAUUAGCAACUAUGGGACUUCUCGAGCUAGCGCUGGACCAAAACAAGACUCGUCUGCGCUGGCGAUGUAGAUGUGGUGACUCCAUGUACAGCGACAUAAUGGAGCUUCGCGAAGGCGGUAUAGCCGAGCUAAUCGACCAUAUGCAACGUUCUUCUGGCGCCAAAGUGCACGCAACACCAUACAGCCACCAAUCUGGAAAUCAGCAGUACAUUGUCCCGCGCCCUGACCGAUGGCUUCGGAGCGCAGUCACCAAGAUAGGUUCGACAUUCGGAGGGUCUUCGAAGUCAUCGUCAUCAUGUCUUCCACAACACAACGCACCAUAUGCAACAACCCCUUGCUCGACUUCCAGUACCUCAACUCCUCAGAAGAAGAUACUUCACCUCUCAAUGUGCAUGCACCGCACCCGACGCCGUAAGAUAGUCAAACAAGACCGCGUCGAAGACAUCACCACUGAUCGUACACUAUUACGCUUCCUCCAGCAGCAGUAUACCGCCCAUCGCGGCCGCUUUCUCAAUAUCGCGCGUCUGAAAACCGUACAACGCAUCGUUUUCGUCAAGUUCCGGCUCCCAAUGGGCGGCAGCGUCGAUGUGCAACACCACUUGUACUGUAUUGCCGACCCGGCAAAUUGGAAGUACUGCGAGUGCACUCCGCCCCCAAACAAGGUUGGUGUGGAGUAUGAGUACUCUCCUAGCCCACCCAAAACGCACCCUCCGAUUCCCCCAGAGUACCUGGCGAGUCUGUUCACAUGCGCUACGGAUGUUCAUGAGGAGGAUGACUGGAUUCUCAAUCAAUUACCAAAACGCAUGUGUGGUAUUCUCCAAGGCCAGAAGGGGCAACCGGCGGAAGGAUGGGGGAUCUACUUUCUCGAGGGAUGGGAUCGCGAAAUCAUCUCCCUACUCAUACUCUUGAUAUUCGUUGUCGCAAGCUUACUAUUCGGCGUUCUCUGGUGGAAAUUCCAGUUUGACCUACAAGGCGGAUUUGGUGUCUCUGCAUACAUGAUUGCAGUUUGUACGAUUGUCAUUUCCAUUGUCGUUACGCGGUUGGAGAAUAAGGGGUGA